AUGUCUUCGAAUGAUUCCGAUCAAGAAUCAUAUGAUGAUAACGACGACGAUAUGGAUGGAUUACAAUUAAUGUUGAAACACGCAUCACCAAAACUACCACCAAAUACCCGUGAUCGUCGUAUUUUUGAAAAAGCAAAGUCUAUUUUAAAAGAUUCCUGUGGUGUUAUUGCUACAGCAAAUUUUUCGAAAAUUGAAUUUGAAGCUGUAGAACUUCUUGUAGACGAUUAUUUUCUCGUCCAUGUAGAAGAUUUAUUUCAAGAUGUUGAUGAUAUUGAUCCUAAUGGUUAUAUCAAAUUAGUACCUGAUGAGGCGGAUAUGAUGUUUCAAGGUCGUCUUGCUAAAUAUGAUAUAACAUGGGAGAGAUACUUAAAAAAUAUUACAAUUCCUGAUAUAUGGAAAAAUCGAUUAUCGACGAAAGGUAUUGAAUAUUUAAGCACGAUGAUCUUUUACCGACGACUUCUAAAUAUACCAUUACAUCAAUCAUUGAAUUAUGUGCAAACUAUUGAUCAUGUUCAUGUUAAAUCAGGAAAACAACUUUUAUCAAAUACAAACAAAUCAUUCUUGCACGACGAAUCAUUAAAUCUAAAUGAACAAACUGUUUUUGGAAAUAUUUUUACAUCGACUCCUAAGAGAAUUAAUGACUGUGCGAGCAACUCAACACAAGAUCACAUUAAAGCUACUGAUAUAUCAAAUCCCAUCAACAAUAGUACGAGAAACAAUGUUACAUAUAAUAUAGAUGAUACAAAACCAUAUAUGGAUUGGAAUAAAUUGCGUGAAAAUUUUGUUGGUUUGAGUAACAUGGAUGGUGCUUCGUGUUAUAUCAAUGCAACUCUUCAAUGUUUAGCUAGUACACCUCCAUUAGUUGAUUGGAUGAUGAAACAAAAAUAUCAUUUAACUACGUGUCAAUUAUCGAAUAUGGAGAAGUUUUGCUCCAUUUGUCAAUUAACAAAUAUAAUAGAAACUAUUUAUUCAUCUUCAAAAGAAAAUGUUAUCAAUGAAGAUGCAAUUGUUGUUACAUCAGCUGAAUGCAUUAAAACAAAUUUGAAUAAACUAUCACCAAGUUUUAUUUUGGGGGAGCAAGAAGAUGCUCAUUUAUUUAUUAUAAGCUUAUUAGAUCACUUUGUUGAACCAACGAUGACAAUCAUUGAUCAAAUAUUUCGUAUCACACUUUUAAAUACCAUUGAAUGUUCAUCAUGUUCAAACAUUAGUACAAGUGAAGAAUUUGUUUCUACAUUAUGUAUCGAAAUUAAUAAUAUGAAUUAUUUAAAUGAUGCAAUUGCACAUUUUAUUAAACCAGAAAUUUUAACAAAUGAUAAUGCAUAUCGUUGUGCUAACUGCUCAAGUCUUGUUAAUGCUGCUAAACGUAUAACAUUUGAUGAUUUACCACCAAUACUAAUUAUUAAUUUGAAAAGAAGUACUGGAUUCGGUUCUUCAACAAGAAAACAUACACAAAUGGUAAAUUAUGAUGAUUUACUAAAUAUGUAUCCAUAUAUAACUGAUAAAGUACUUGAUUCAAACAAAGAAAAUCAAAAUAAUACGGAAUCAAAUAAUUAUAUUUAUCAAUUAUAUGCAAUUAUUAAUCACAUUAGUGAUAACAAUAAAAAUGGACAUUAUCAUGCAUAUAUUCGAACAUCAAAAAAUAAUUGGUUUCUUGUUAAUGAUACACAUUAUCGACAAGUAUCAACAGAAGAAGUAUUCAACAACAAAGAUGCUUCUAUGUUUUUUUAUGGUAAAGCAUCUCAUGGACGCAUAAAUAAUAAUCGUACAUUUAAACGUCAACCAUUACAAUGCUCUUCAGUAGAUAACUAUGUCGUUUCUACUGCUAAUGUCGAAAUACCACCACCAGGAUUUACUCAAAGUAGUAUUACUAUUAGUAAUAAAUCACUUACUGGUACAUCUGAUUCACAAAGAGAUAUUAGUCGUAUUGUAACUUCAGUAGCAGCAGGUGUACCAUUACAAGAAAUUUUUGAAUGUAAAUUACCUGAUAUAUACCAAUUCAAAUUAACAUCAACAGAACUUAUUGAGAUGUUUAAUUGUCGACAAAUAAUACACAAGAAAGAAUAUGAUAAUAAAAUGAAAAAAAUUAGGAUUAGCACCUGA